AUGCAAGCGUUAUUAAAACUCGAUGAAAAGAAUGCCAUUACUCGAGGGUUGCCGAUUCGAUUUUCACGAUCCCGUCGCCUAUUCGGCCGGCCCGCGAUUAUCUGUUCAAUGGACUGCGGUGGGCGCACCCCACUAGGGGGCGAGGGGGCGCCCCUGAUGAAAAAUGGCGCAAUUAGCGGCGCAGACAGUGAAAAACAAGUGCACUCUAUCCUGCCCCCCUCCCGCCGCCCGCACCCUGCACCCACCCCGUUAGUGACAAUUCAAAUGGCCACUGACAGCGAC